CCGUCCACCGGGGCCUCCCGGUUCCCCCGGUCUCUCUCUCUAUCUCUUAUCAUAACCUUGGACUUCAACUUCACUUUAACCCACCUCUCUCUUCUCUCUCUCUCUCUAAGGUGAUCCCACAGACGCAUACAGAGAGCGAGAGAGAAAGAGCAGCUGGAUCUCUGUACCGUCUCCCCCCUCCUUUCGCUUUCUCACUCCACUUGAGAGAAUAAAGGGGGGGAAAAUAAAUCAGCUUUCACAGUUUAAUUAAUUAAAAAAAAAUGUCAUCUUCUGAUGAUCCAUUCCUUCUCCACCACCAUAACCUCCUCUAUCACGUUCCUCAACACAGCAGGAGAGAAAAACUCCGCUUCCAGACCGACAGCUCCUCCCUUCCCAACCCUAUGGCCCACUUCACCGCCGGAACCGGCUUACUUCAGAUCCAGCCGCCGCAAGGCAGCUUCUCUCUAACGCUAUCUCCGGCUGCCGCGCUUCUUCCGCUCGGUCCGUUCACGGGUUACGCCGCCGUUCUGAACCGGUCCAGGUUUUUGGACCCCGCUCGCCAGCUUUUGGAGGAGGUUUGCGAGGUUGCUGGAGGCGAACCGCUCGCCGGAGAUCCCCCGGAAGUUAUGUCGCUGGAUUAUGAGGUGGGGCCGGACGACCAACAGUGGAAGAAAGCAAGGCUUAUAUCCAUGAUUGAUGAGGUCUGUAGAAGGUAUAGGAUAUAUUAUCAGCAGGUGCAAAAUGUUAUCACAUCAUUUGAAAUGGUAGCCGGGUUGCGUACUGCUGCCCCUUAUGUUUCUCUGGCACUCAAUUCCAUGUCUAAGCACUUCAGGUGUUUGAAGAAUAUGAUGACUAAUCAACUUAGUCUUACCAACAAGGAUUCAGGGAAGGAAGGCUUUAGUCGAACGGAGAUCUCUGGCUUUGGUAUGUGUUUACAACAAGAUGGGAACAACCUUGAUUCUUAUAGGCAGCCACAUGCUUGGCGUCCGCAAAGGGGACUCCCUGAGCGCGCCAUAGCCGUACUUCGGGCAUGGCUAUUUGAACACUUCUUGCACCCGUAUCCCACAGAUGUGGACAAACAAAUGCUUGCCAAGCAAGCAGGUUUGACAAGAAACCAGGUCUCUAACUGGUUUAUUAAUGCAAGAGUUAGACUAUGGAAACCAAUGGUUGAAGAAAUACACAACCUUGAGAUGAGGCAACAGCAGAAAACAGUAGUACCUAAUAAUAAAAACCAAAUUUCUCACAACAAGCAAGCUUCAAAACCUUCUUCAUCCACAGCAACUUCCUCAAGUACCCAACCACCUCAAAACAGCUUCAUUCAAAGGAACCAAAACCCCCCUUCUUCAAGAUCCUUGAACAAUGAACUUGAUUACAUCGCACAUCACAUUGAAGAACCAUACAAGUAUGCUUACAAUGAUUUCUCUAGUCAAGAUGUCGGAAGGAACACUGGCAGUACUGUUUCUCUUACGCUUGGUCUUCAUCAGAACAGUGGCGUUCGCUUGCCUGAGCCACUUCCUUUGAAUGUCGCUCGGAGAUUCGGCCUUGAAGAUUGCAAUGAUGCGUAUGUUGUUGGUGCAUUUGAGGGUCAAGAUAGGCGAUUUGGGAAGGAUAUUGGUGGCCAUCUGCUUCAUGAUUUUGUUGGUUGAUGAAACUGUAUGGAACUUCUUGUUAGAUUAUUUGAACAUAUGAGCUCUGUUGAUCAAUCCAUCUCUUAUUAUAUUCGAUGUGAUUAACUCUUCUUGUU